CUGUGUUUGAUGAGCCUGUUACGUGUGGUCUUUCCUUUUCAGCGCACGCCUGGCGUUUUCGUGUUGAGAUACCGCGACCAUUUUGCAUCUUCCUCUACCAUUAGGUAAGUACUCCUUUGUAAAGUUCAAGUUAAUGCUCAGAUCAUAGCACAGCGCCCUAUUUUCUGUUAAAAAUGCUAGUUUUAGUUCCUCGGGUGGCAAACGCUCAGCCGACAGUCAUGCGUCACAUGGCCGACGGUCGGGUUGGCACGAAACAAAUAUUAGCGACGGGGAGGUGCAUAUAUUUUAAUGUAAUUCUUGGCAACAUAAACAAAUCUAACCUAAUGGACUAAGGGAUCAGUAUAAGGCUCUGGGACACUGCUCAGGGCUGUUAACCCUCGGGGGGGGGGGGGCACUUGGGUAUUUUUUGGGUGGGUAUGUGCCGCCCGGGACUCCAAAUUGGCACCCCGUUCUAAAAAAAAUUUCCUCUAAAAUUGAUACCCCGUUCUAGAAAUGGGNGGCGGCGCGCGCACGAGCCACAGAUGAGCCUGGCUCGUGGGGGGGUGGGGGGGAGAAGCAAAAAAAAAAAAAUGGUGAGGGGGUGUAUUAUAUAUUUUUAAUCACAAGACAAAAAAAAAAAAACUACAAGACCGGAGGAGGGGAGAGGACGGUGGCGGUCGGGGGGGGGGGGGGCGGGGGGGGGGGGGGGGGGGGGGGGGGGGGGGGCACUUGGGUAUUUUUUGGGUGGGUAUGUGCCGCCCGGGACUCCAAAUUGGCACCCCGUUCUAAAAAAAAUUUCCUCUAAAAUUGAUACCCCGUUCUAGAAAUGGGCCAAUUUUUUAUACCCUGUUUUAGAAUUGGCCCUAAAACUGACACCCCGUUCUAGAAAUGGGCCAAUUUUUUAUACUCUGUUCUAGAAAGUUUGUUAAUUGAAAUAGCCCUGUUUCUUUAAAAAGAUAUUUCUUUAUUUGUUCGACUUAUACAUCAAAUAAAUGCUUCUUCAUAAUCAGCAACAAUUUUAAGCAGAAGAUAAAGCCGUGAUCCACAAUUUUUUUAGAAAACGCCUAAAAAUUUUCUAGAAAUUUUUUUCUAGAAAACGCCUCUGAAAUGGAUACCCCGUUCUAAAUCAGCAGCUUCAAAGUCACGACCCCGUUGGGCGGCACAUACCCGUAUAGGGAAUGUAUGGGAGAACCCCCCCCCUGGGGUUAACCCCCAACAUCUUCAAACAUUAUUGACAAUGGGAUAAUAGAUGACGUCAUAAUGCUCGAAACAUGACGUCAUUUGUGCAGAAAACAUGCGAAAAAGAUGUUGUUGGAAUUGUAAAACUUGUACCUGAUUGGCUUACUUCCUACCAAUCACAUCAUUGCUUAUAUUAAAUACAAUGGCAUACUGGGGUUUCCAAGGAAACAUUCGAUGUUAAAAGUUUAAAUAGCUCAAACAACGCAAAAUAUUUGAAAUUUGAUUGACUGAAAGAUUUCAGACUCUAAUCUGGAGACCGGGAGUAACAGUUCAAAAUCGGGAGUCUUCCGGAUUAUCCGGGAGAGUCGACAGCCAUAUUCCUACUUAGGGCAAAAUGUUGGGUUAGGGGAGGGGUAAGCAGUUUGUCCAGACUGUUAUAUCCUUCUUUAGUAGAGCUGUCUGCAUAGGUAUUGCUAGUCUCCCUUACAGACAUUUUUGUAUUGUCACACAACGUUCCACCCCAACAAACGGCUGCUCACAUUCAAACCACAUUCCUUUCCAGAUUUGAGCUAAUCACAGCUAUUUUCUGGAACUGUUUGGUGCCAAAUUAUCCUUUCAUGUGCCGUCCAAUGAUAGCCUGCAUUCUGCAUGUGUAGUGUAAAGUUUUUUCCUAGAAGGCCAUUAUUUGUCAUGCACAAGCAUUAAUGUAGAUAUUAAUCCAUAAUUCAAAUACAUCUAGACCCGUGAAUGGACAGCCAGGAUGGGAGAAAGGCAACCGCAACCCUCCUUGUGACGGGAAGGGCAUAGAUGACCGCAUGACAGCCGCUAAGAUAGAGAGUAAUAGCCACUCUUCAGGAAUGUUCUUGUAAACUGACUCCCUUGUCAUUUUUAGAUUGAACAAGAUCUACAUCAUGAGGUUGGUUAUCGUCAAUGACUAUACCCAAUUGUCAGAGUGGGCAGCCAAGUAUGUGCGUAACAAAAUUCUCAAGUUUAACCCAGGACCAGACAAAUAUUUUGUUCUUGGUCUGCCAACAGGUACUGAUUUCAGAAGAAAUAAUAUAUUUGUUGUUGUUAAUUUUUUAUCUCAGGUAAUGUUUCUUUUUCUUUUGUUUCAACUUCAUUAGCAUACAUUACCAUACCCAAAAACGAAAGAAAAACAAAAAUUACUUGAAAUGAAAUAUCAACUGUAACAUUUAUCAUUAUUUUACUAACAAAAGGUUAAUUUAUUACCUUUGAUAUAAAUUCACUUACCUCACCUAUGCUUCCAAGCAAAAUUGCAAAAGUAUAUAAUGUAUUUAUGAUUGCCGUUCAUUUAUGGUAAGUAUAACCAUAACAGUACCACAUUUUUGAAUCAUUGUUCUCUCAGAAUGCCUCAUAGUUUACCUGUUUUAUAUAAUGUCAGAUGACCAGUCCUAUGAUCCAUAUUUUACAUGUUUCUCUGGAAUUUUUCAGUGAGGAAGAUGUACAUUGUAAUCAUGGGCCAGGGUUAACAGGAUUCACCCGAGGCUUUCCCAUACACCAGGCAAAAACCCCUUUGACUCAGGGUUAUUACAUUUAGUUGGGACUGGUGGGCCAGACCAAUCCAGUUGUAACGAAAUUACAGCUUCCCAGCUAGAUUAUGGCUGGUUCUGAAGAAGGCUCUGGUUUUUAGCAAAAAAGGUCUUUAAAAAAGCCCAUAUCGUUUUCAAAGACCAGUCUGACUGGCUAGCUUUGAUUUUUGGUUGUCAUGAAAAGUCUCUGAAAUGGUGUGUAAGGCUGUUUUCUACAAUCGGCGACAAAAUGAGUUGAGACACUUCGCCCAAAAAUAGGCUUUUUUACGUUUUAUGAGCUUCAAAAGGAGGAAAUGUAGCUUUCCUCCCCCAUCUCCUCCGUACAAUGUUGUGCCCUUGUUCUAGCUACCUAUAGAAAACAACAAACACCCCAACUUUGAAUAGAGGGGACAGGGGAGGGGUGCGGAUUCUUUUGUUCUCCGAAGUCACCCUAUUUAAGUACAAUGUCUCAACAAUUUUGUCGCCCAUUGUCUGAAUCUCAAAAGUGGCCGUACGUCCUUUAGAAAGUUAAUUGAAUUCAUUUUUUUAUGCUGGGAUGUAAGACCUUUAGAAAGUUAAUUGAAUUCAUUUUUUUAUGCUGGGAUGUAAGACCCCUGGUGGCUUUUUAUUUGUUAUGUUUGACUUCAUCAUACCUAUUUUAGAACAAUUAGAAUAAGGCGAUUUCGUUAUGUUCAGUGCGAAACAUUUCGUGUCACGCUUUACCGUGCCUUGACAUCGUCGAUGUGGCGCGUCGGGCACGAUUUCUUAUUCUCUCCUUUAUCAAAACGCAUCGAAACAAAGAAAAAAGUGAAAAGGAUAGAAAACUUAAUAGAUUUCUAGGCAUUAAAGUAGUUAUAUUGGCUAAAAUUGCUCUUUAGGAGGAAUUUCCACGAGUAACCACGAGUAACCACGAUGAGUAUAAAAUAAAAUAAUCUAAUUAUCUUUUAGGAACAAAGUUGGUUACUCGUGGUUACUCAUGGCCAUUCUCCUCCUGACCUCAUAGUUUCUACUGUAAAGUACAUUCUUCAAAGACCCUCAUGGGUAUAUGGGCAACAAAUUUGCUGCACAGAUUUAGCGAUGCUAUGCAGCUUUGCUGUGCAUUAGAAGUUGGAACAUUUUUCCUGAAAAUUCUCCUGCGCAUAGCAAUCAUGGCUAUUUUAUCAUCCAUCCCACCCUUAUCAAAUAGCCAAACUUCGAAUAAACACUUCGAACUUACUAGGGAUAUAUUCAAAUACAAUAUAUUAUCUGCCAUCGAUUCCUACCGAUCACACUUAGUUACCAGAGGAAAAUCAAUCAUUCGGUACGUGGGUAUGCUGCGUAAUUACUUGAAAUCACUACCAAGUACAAAGAUUNGAACUUACUAGGGAUAUAUUCAAAUACAAUAUAUUAUCUGCCAUCGAUUCCUACCGAUCACACUUAGUUACCAGAGGAAAAUCAAUCAUUCGGUACGUGGGUAUGCUGCGUAAUUACUUGAAAUCACUACCAAGUACAAAGAUUGUCAAAACUAAUUUUCCCUCGAAAAACACAGGAAAGGGAUUAUAUGGGUAUCUUAUCUAUCUUCUGAAAAACGACCCGGUGAAUAUAGUAAUUUCAACUAGUUACCAUCUCCUAACCGGUGCUAAUAGGACAACAGCGCGUAGAUUUCGAUUCAGACAAUCGGCGACAAAAUGAGUUGAGUUUAUGAACUUCAAAAGGAGGAAAUAUAGCUUUUCUCCCCCAUCCCCUCCGUACAAUGUUGUGCCCUUGUUCUAGCUACCUAUAGAAAACAAAAAACACCCCAACUUUGAAUGGAGGGGACAGGGGAGGGGUGCGGAUUCUUUUGUUCUCCGAAGUCACCCUAUUUAAGUACAAUGUCUCAACAAUUUUGUCGCCGAUUGUAGGUUCUCAAUAUUAUUUUGAAGGAGUAAUUAAACACUGGUCUCAUUAAUUUCAGUACACUUCAAGGAGUGAAAAUGAUAGGAAAUGUUAAGAGAACUCAUAUUUUUUUUCUACGCAUUGUUUAGGAAGUUCACCUCUUGGAAUGUACAGGAAGCUGGUGGAAUUCUGCGAAAUGGGGGAGCUUUCUUUUAGAUAUGUCAAAACUUUUAACAUGGAUGAAUAUGUUGGCCUUCCACGAGAUCAUCCUGAAAGCUACCAUUCCUAUAUGUGGGAAAAUUUCUUCAAGCAUAUUGAUAUUGAACCUAAAAAUGCCCAUAUUCUGGAUGGGAAUGCUGAUGAUCUUGAUGAAGAAUGCAAUAAUUUUGAGAAAAUGAUAAAGGAAGCUGGUGGAGUUCAUCUCUUUAUUGGAGGUACGUUGUUUUCUAAAGCAUCCUUAUUCAUUUCCUCAGAUACUGUUCAGUUAUGUCUCAUUCUAUACACUUUUGAAUUUUUUUUGAAGAUUUUUUAUAGGGUCUUUGGAUAGUAUCUGAAUAAAAUUUGCCCAUGACCAUGGAAAUCUUUACUGUGGUUGUCCAGAAAUUGUAAUGACACUUUUAGUGGAAGUUACGCAGACAAGUAUGUCGUACUUUAAUAUCUGAUAUAUUCUGGGACUGAGCAGUUUAUUGCAACAAUAAAUUGUAGAGUUUGUUGAUAUUUCAUAUGAAAUUCUCCAAAAUCACAGUAAAUGAAGGCUUGUCAUUUUGAUCUCACACCAAAAAACUAUAUGUGAAAUAAUGCAAAAAAAUUUUAUAAAAGUGUUGUGCUCCUCUUAGAGUAUUAAGGUUGCCUCCUCUGGAGUUUUUAAUAACAUUCUGCCUAGUACAGACUGCUAUCUACUCACUUUUGCUGCUAUAUUGCUGCUGAUUUCUCUGCAUCUAAAACUCAAGAUGAGGAUUUUAAUGCAACAACUACCCUAUAAUUUUUUACAGGAAUUGGCGAUGAUGGUCAUAUUGCAUUCAACGAGCCUGGAUCGUCGCUGAAAUCAAGGACGAGGGUGAAGACCCUGGCAAAAGACACCAUUGUAGCUAAUGCACGCUUUUUUGAUAAUGACAUCAGCAAGGUUCCUACCAUGGCUCUUACGGUGGGUGUGGCCACGGUGAUGGAUGCUCAAGAGGUAAGGGGCAGAUAAUUAAUUUUAGACUGAGAUAAAAUGUGAGGUGUUGCUUUUUUAGGUAUAGAGAAGACAGAAACCUUAUGAAUCCUUCUACAAUUCAUAGCUCGAAAAAAAUCCCCGUCUGAAAGUCCAGGAUAAGUAGAUUUUCUUGCUGGGCAAGUAACUUUUAAGGCUGAGUUGUCCAUCGGGCAGGAGUCCAGGCAAGCCUGUUGUGCAAAAGGCAAGCUGGAAUAUUCAAGUUUUCUUUUUGAGCUCAGUAUCAUUGUACAUGUAUGGAAAUACAUGUUUCAGCUUAGUUUGAUGAUUGAAUUUGUUCUCAAGGGGGCUCUGGUGGCGGAGUGAAAAAUGAACCAGAGCAUACCAUGGCUGAUAGGGACAAAACACUCCCAGAAUCCAAAACAUGUCCAAGAAUCCUAAAGUGUUUUAAAGUGUUUUUGGAUUCUGGGAAGUGUUUUGGAUUCUAGGAAGUGUUUUGGAUUCUGGGAUGUGUUUUGGAUUCUGGGAAGUGUUUUGAAUUUUGGAAAGUGUUUUGGAUACUGGGAAGUGUUUUGGAUUCUGGGAAGUGUUUUGGAUACUGGGAAGUGUUUUGGAUACUGGGACGUGUUUUAGAUUCUGGGAAGUGUUUUGGAUACUGGGAAGUGUUUUGGAUACUGGGACAUGUUUUGGAUUCUGGGAAGUGUUUUGGAUACUGGGACGUGUUUUGGAUUCUGGGAAGUGUUUUGGAUACUGGGAAGUGUUUUGGAUACUGGGACGUGUUUGGAUUCUGGGAAGUGUUUUGGAUACUGGGACGUGUUUUGGAUACUGGGACAUGUUUUGGAUUCUGGGAAGUGUUUUGGAUACUGGGACGUGUUUUGGAUUAAGGGAAGUGUUUUGGAUACUGGGACGUGUUUUGGAUUCUGGGAAGUAUUUUGGAUUCUGGGAUGUGUUUUGGAUUCUGGGAAAGUAUUUUUGGAUUCUGGGAUGUGUUUUGAUUCUGGGAAGUGUUUUUGGAUUCUGGGAUGUGUUUUGGAUUCUGGGGAAGUGUUUUUGGAUUCUGGGAUGUGUUUUGGAUUCUGGGAAGUAUUUUGGAUUCUGGGAUGUGUUUUGGAUAAUUUCUGGGAAAGUAUUUUUGGAUUCUGGGAUGUGUUUUGGAUUCUGGGAUGUGUUUUGGAUUCUGGGAAGUGUUUUGGAUACUGGGAAGUGUUUUGGAUACUGGGACAUGUUUUGGAUUCUGGGACGUGUUUUGGAUACUGGGAAGUGUUUUGGAUUCUGGGAAGUGUUUUGGAUACUGGGAAGUGUUUUGGAUACUGGGACGUGUUUUGGAUUCUGGGAAGUGUUUUGGAUACUGGGAAGUGUUUUGGAUACUGGGACGUGUUUUGGAUUCUGGGAAGUGUUUUGGAUACUGGGAAGUGUUUUGGAUACUGGGACGUGUUUUGGAUUCUGGGAAGUGUUUUGGAUACUGGGAAGUGUUUUGGAUACUGGGACGUGUUUUGGAUUCUGGGAAGUGUUUUGGAUACUGGGAAGUGUUUUGGAUACUGGGACGUGUUUUGGAUUCUGGGAAGUGUUUUGGAUACUGGGAAGUGUUUUGGAUACUGGGACGUGUUUUGGAUUCUGGGAAGUGUUUUGGAUACUGGGAAGUGUUUUGGAUACUGGGACGUGUUUUGGAUUCUGGGAAGUGUUUUGGAUACUGGGAAGUGUUUUGGAUACUGGGACGUGUUUUGGAUUCUGGGAAGUGUUUUGGAUACUGGGAAGUGUUUUGGAUACUGGGACGUGUUUUGGAUUCUGGGAAGUGUUUUGGAUACUGGGAAGUGUUUUGGAUACUGGGACGUGUUUUGGAUUCUGGGAAGUGUUUUGGAUACUGGGAAGUGUUUUGGAUACUGGGACGUGUUUUGGAUUCUGGGAAGUGUUUUGGAUACUGGGAAGUGUUUUGGAUACUGGGACGUGUUUUGGAUUCUGGGAAGUGUUUUGGAUACUGGGAAGUGUUUUGGAUACUGGGACGUGUUUUGGAUUCUGGGAAGUGUUUUGGAUACUGGGAAGUGUUUUGGAUACUGGGACGUGUUUUGGAUUCUGGGAAGUGUUUUGGAUACUGGGAAGUGUUUUGGAUACUGGGACGUGUUUUGGAUUCUGGGAAGUGUUUUGGAUACUGGGAAGUGUUUUGGAUACUGGGACGUGUUUUGGAUUCUGGGAAGUGUUUUGGAUACUGGGAAGUGUUUUGGAUACUGGGACGUGUUUUGGAUUCUGGGAAGUGUUUUGGAUACUGGGAAGUGUUUUGGAUACUGGGACGUGUUUUGGAUUCUGGGAAGUGUUUUGGAUACUGGGAAGUGUUUUGGAUACUGGGACGUGUUUUGGAUUCUGGGAAGUGUUUUGGAUACUGGGAAGUGUUUUGGAUACUGGGACGUGUUUUGGAUUCUGGGAAGUGUUUUGGAUACUGGGAAGUGUUUUGGAUACUGGGACGUGUUUUGGAUUCUGGGAAGUGUUUUGGAUACUGGGAAGUGUUUUGGAUACUGGGACGUGUUUUGGAUUCUGGGAAGUGUUUUGGAUACUGGGAAGUGUUUUGGAUACUGGGACGUGUUUUGGAUUCUGGGAAGUGUUUUGGAUACUGGGAAGUGUUUUGGAUACUGGGACGUGUUUUGGAUUCUGGGAAGUGUUUUGGAUACUGGGAAGUGUUUUGGAUACUGGGACGUGUUUUGGAUUCUGGGAAGUGUUUUGGAUACUGGGAAGUGUUUUGGAUACUGGGAAGUGUUUUGGAUACUGGGAAGUGUUUUGGAUACUGGGAAGUGUUUUGGAUACUGGGACAUGUUUUGGAUUCUGGGACGUGUUUUGGAUUCUGGGAAGUGUUUUGGAUUCUGGGAAGUGUUUUGGAUACUGGGAAGUGUUUUGGAUACUGGGACGUGUUUUGGAUUCUGGGAAGUGUUUUGGAUACUGGGAAGUGUUUUGGAUACUGGGACGUGUUUUUGGAUUCUGGGAUGUGUUUUGGAUUCUGGGGAAGUGUUUUUGGAUUCUGGGAUGUGUUUUGGAUUCUGGGAAGUAUUUUGGAUUCUGGGAUGUGUUUUGGAUAAUUUCUGGGAAAGUAUUUUUGGAUUCUGGGAUGUGUUUUGGAUUCUGGGAAGUGUUUUUGGAUUCUGGGAUGUGUUUUGGAUUCUGGGAAAGUAUUUUUGGAUUCUGGGAUGUGGUUUGGAUUCUGGGAAGUGUUUUGGAUUCUGGGGUUUGUUUUGGAUUCUGGGAAAGUAUUUUUGGAUUCUGGGAUGUGGUUUGGAUUCUGGGAAGUGUUUUGAAUUUUGGGAAGUGUUUUGGAUUCUGGGGAAGUAUUUUUGGUUUCUGGGAAGUGUUUUGGAUUCUGGCAAGUGUUUUUGAAUUCUGGGAAGUAUUUUGGAUUCUGGGAAGUGUUUCAUCCUUAGCUUGCAGGCUAAGUGGCAACAUACUGGACGAGUUUUUUUGUUUUCCUUUAUAGGUUCUAAUUCUGAUCAGUGGUGUAAAGAAAGCUCUUGCUCUCCGUCAUGCCACAGAGGAUGGCAUGAAUCACAUGUGCACAGUAUCCGCUUUUCAGCAGCAUCCUCACACACUGUUCUUAGUGGAUGAAGAUGCUACAAUGGAGCUGAGAGUACGGACAGUCAAAUACUUCAAAGGUUUGAUGGAUGUUCACAACAAAUUGGUUGAAGAUCCACAGGACCCAACUGCUCCACCAAGUGCAAAAAGGCUUAAAUCUGUGGAAGAAUCAAAAACUAAAUGAAAUAUUCCUUAGUGACUGUCGUUUUGUGAAAAUAAGUCCAAAAUGAUCAAAAGGCUUGAAAAGCCUUUUUAAAAAAAUAAUAUACCAUAAAUCCUCUAUUGUGCCACCUGGUGGUUUAUUUAUUUCAAGCACGUUUUAGGUAGCGGGAGCUUAAUCGAAAGAGGGUUUUAAGCUCGUUUGAGGGGGGGCGGGGGUAGCUUAUCUAACUUAAUAUAUUGCAUUGCCGGUAGCAGGAAAACAGGAAGAAACAGACCGAGUUACUCGUCCCUUCCUCCUGUUUUGGACCAGGGCAAUGAUUGUCUAACAUGGAGAUUUAAAGAUAAUUAUAUGUGUUGUACAAGGUAUUUCAACAUCUUUUUUCACUUGUGGGAACCUUGAAAUAUGUGAAUUACAAAAUUCGUGAAUUUUAAAUUGAAAACCUAAACAAAACGUUAAGCUAAAUCUAAAUGUAAAAACUAAAUAUCCGCAUAGGUAGUUUAUUGAAGAAAAAUUGUCCUGAUGGUUAUGAUUCAAUGUCAGUGUUAUGGAUUUCAUCGUUCACAUCCAAAGUAAGGUACAACGUCUUCCUAAACCAUCAGGGGCACCCAAAGUCAAUUUUCGGAAAAUAUCUGUUGGGAAGACAUUUGAGAUCUAGAGUUUUCGGUACAUUUGUUGUAAAAUUUCUUGCUUGCCUGCCUCUCCUAGGAUUUUCGCACGCCUAAAAAAUGGUAUAAUUGCCCAUUUUUAACGGAUUUUUACCCUAAAAAGGGCACCUAGAAUUUUCGGAGCCUUUUUUCUGGCUGAAAUUUUCGAAAAGGUAAGUUUUGAUCCCUAUAAUUUUCGGAUCACUAGAAUUUCAGCUAGGAAAUCCGAACAGAUGAAAACUUUUUAGGGGAUAAAAAUAUGCCGAAAUCUACCGUUUAAAUACUAAAAUACGUUAACAAUACUAUAUUUAAGUGGUUUUGAACUAUAUUCUCGUUGGGUGCCCCUGAAACCAUCUCUUUUUCAGAAACAUUAGUAUCAAAAGGACUGAUCCCUCAUUCUUAAGGGAGGGCUCAUUAGAGAAGGGGGCUUAAUAGAGGAUUUAUGGUACUGUAGUUUGUUUUAAGUUCUUAUCCAUGUAGUUGAUAGAUGCAAGUAUAAAAGAGAUUAAUGAGUAUUUUUCAGUUUUGAAAUAAAAGGG